AUGAAGAGUAAUUAUAGAUAUAAUCGAUAUAAUAGAAGUAGUAAUAGUUCUACUUCAAAUAACAACAACAGUUAUCUAUCCUCUUCUUCUUCUUCGUCUUCUUCAUACUAUCGUCAACAACAACAACAACAAUCCUUUUUCACUCAAGGUAGAUCUAAAUUAUGGAAUAAUGACUUGUUGAAUAGUUUUGGUAAUACGAUAUACAAUAACCCUUUGGUUGUAAAGGUGCAACCUUAUGUGUCGAGGUUGUCGCAGUGGACUAGUCGAGUUGGACGUGGACGGUUGGCAAUGUUGUUGCAAACACUAGUGUUGCUAAUGCUGCUUGUCAACACGUUGGACAAGUUCCAAAUGACAGACGAUGCAGAUACUACACUCACCAAGAUACGAAAUAAUCUCUGCGGACCAAUGAUCGACCAAGACUCGCGUCAACCCAUCUUUGGCGACGACCUUAUCGCACCGUCCACCUCGCGUCAAGCCCUGUGUCAAGGUGCAAGCAGUCACACACAGUUUAAAAAGUAUGUUUGGAUCUUUGUCGAUUCGUUGGCACACGACCAGGCAACCGACCUCGUGUCGGCAUUCCGCGCACACUCUGCGCAGGCCGACUACCCGGGUGGCACCAACACGUACCGCAUCCUCAACGAGGGAUUCAAGUUCUCGACGGCCAUCUACACGUCGUUCUUUACGGGCAAGAUCCCCACCAACUAUGCAGGCAAACCGAUCCGUGGCGACAACAUCUUUGCGCAGUUCCGCACCAGCGGCAUCAAGUCGCGUUACAUCGGGCCCGACUUUCCCACGUUGGGUCUGUUGGGCGACAGCGAAGAGCGCGAACGCUACUUUGACGAGUACACGAUCAUUCCCGACGAGACGGCGAUCCUCUCGACGCUGUUUGGUGAGAAUAACAACAACGAGCCGGCUACACCCGACAGCGUGUCGGCGGUGAUGGACGAGUUGACGGGUGACGGAGAGACGUCGGUGAUGCUCACGUCCAACCUGCUCGACGACAAGAUUCACCGUCGCGGCAAGUACGACCCACCCACACUCAAACUGCUCGAGUUCCUCAACCGAAACAUCCCGCUGCUCCACCAGUGGGUCGACGCACACCCCGACUAUGUGCUCAUCGUCAACAGCGACCACGGAGGCAGCAAGACAGGCGGCGUCCAUGAAGGUGAGCUGCACGGUAAAAAGGACGAGGGUAACGAAGGGUUCAUGAUGAUCCACAGUGCUUCGAGCAACUUUAGACGUAUGAUGAAGAGUGAUGAAGAGCCACCUUGGUUGGACACGGUCGAUAUUGCACCCACACUCAGUCGAUAUUUCAAAGAGGUCAAUAUCCCAGUCGAGUCACUUGGCAAAGUACCAGUGCCACAAUCAACACUCCUCAAAGCAAGUAGUAUCCAGUUCCUCAAGACCGUCUAUUCCGAUCUAUUGUCCAACGCCAUCCAAAUCCAUCAUCUUGCCACCCUCAAAGGAUUCGAUUUCAACGCCAACAAAUAUUCACGAGCCAUCGAGUUGGGAACCACUGUCGAAGAUGAAAAAGUACUAUUAGACAAGAUUCAACAACUCAACGACUUUAUCGUCUCUAUCAAGGGUCCUAUGAUUGAUUUCAAGAAAUAUCCUGCAACUUAUUUAUUUUUUAUUGGUAUUUUAAUAAUUCUAAUUCAAGUUAUUAAUCUUUUAUAUGAACCAAAUUUACUUGAAGAUUUAAAUAAUUAUGUUAUUCCAACAGUAUUAUUAUUCUUCUUUUUGUAUAUUGAUUUCUUAUUUUUGAAAUUUGAUUAUCACAAACAUUUCACUCAGAUAUUUUCACUCUAUCUUGCCAUUACAACCAUCACACUUUUAUAUAUUAUUGCUUGUGUGGUUAGAGAUGUAACUUUGGAUAUGAGUAACAGCGACAAUAAUAAUAACAACAGUAAUAAUAAUAAUAUUAAAGAUAGUACCAUUACAAUUGGAAAUAAUAAUAAUAAUAAUAAUAAUAACAAUACUAAUAAUAAUAAUACUAAUAAUUUAAACAAUAAUAAUAAUGUAGUUGAUUUAAAUCAAAUUAAACAACAAGAAAUGGAUCAACUACAACAACAACAAAACUCAACGCAACAAGAAAACCAAAAACAAAUGAAUUAUGUUAAUCCACAUGAUAUUGUUUCUGGAUUUAGUGAAAUUGAUAUGGGAUCCAAUCAACUUCAACAAACACAACAACAACAACAACUACAAUCUAAUAAUAAUAGUUUCUUUGGUAAUAGUAAUAAUGAAAUGUUUAUGACAACAUCACAACAUUAUACAAAUAAUGAAUUGAUAGAAUGGUUAAUGACAACAUUGGGAUAUGUAUGUUAUGGAACCACUGCAUACUAUGUAUCAGCACUUAUUAUGGAGUAUUUACCAAUGGCCUAUGAAAAAUUCCAAGUGUUUGGACCAUUACUAAACCUUGCAUUGGGAUCGUAUUUGAUCGUGACACUUUUCAAACGUCGUCAACAACAAUCAGUCACCUCUCCCCUCACCGUUUUGACACUCAACAGUGCCGGAUACAUUGCAGUACUCGUCCUCACUUUCCUCUACGAGUUUAGUGGGUUUGUCAAGUUGAUGCAACUCGGGUUCAUCAUUCUAUUCUUUUCGUUUGGUUAUCUCUUUAUCACCAAUCGUUUGGAAGACAGUUAUAUUGUGACGGCGUUGCUCCUAUACACUGUGUCUACCGAUGACCAACGUUUCUAUCUUCUCGCCAUCUACUUGCCAUCGUUUUACUUUUUGACCAAUAUCUAUAGUGGCUCCAACGUCCGAUUCCUCAACCCACAGUAUGGAGUCAACAAAACCAUUGCAAGACUAUUAUUCUUCCUCCUCAUCAUCUUGGCCUUUGGUUGCUACAUUACAAUGGGCGGGGAAUUUAAUAUGAAUGUCGAUGUGCGUGCAGGCAAUGUAGGUCUUGUCAACAUGGAAGACUAUCCCACCUUUUCUGGAUUCCUCAUGUUGUACCACAAGCUAGGUUAUUUCUUUGUGUUGGUUACCUUCCUCUUGCGAUUCGCAAAGACCACUGAAUCAUGCUCUGAGCAUUGGUCUGGCGACGUCGAAGGCCAAGGUCACUUUUCUCUAAAGUAUUGGAUGUUUAGAUAUUUGGCACAGAAAGCAGUCAUUAUGAUGUGGAUCUUUAAUCUCAACUUUUGGUUGUACAAGGACUAUCUAGAUUGUUUUAUCGUCACUAUUAUCAUUUCAAUCGUAGUCGUUGGUUAUGGUGCUAGUUUAUUAUUGGAUGAUAUUUGUCGUAUUGCCCAACCAACUAUAACUCAAUUAUUAAUUAAAUUAAGAAAAUCAAGUUCUUAA